UAAUGACAUUUUUUUUAAUUUGUAUGAAAAUAGAAGCACAUAUAUAUCUUUGAGGGACAAAUUGUGCAUUCUCGAAGAAAGUAUUAUGCUUGAAAUAUGCUGCUGUGCCAGGGCUUUUUUGUCCACCCUUUUGAUAAAUUCUCACAUGGGUGUGGGAUCGGGUGGGACUCGAGGUGAAUUUAAAAUGCAAGAAAAGGCCCCACCAACCUCCAAAUGUGAGAAUAGGUCAGGGAGGGUGUCAGCAGCAUGGUUCAUUAUGCUUUGCCCAUUUGGUAGUUUGUUUGGUUUCAAAAAGUAAAGGUGGUUGGAUGGGAGCCACAGUUGAAGUAUUGGCUAAAAUUCUGCAACAAUUAUUGAAUUAUAAAAUCAAAACACUUCUCACCAACCUUAAUAAUUGUUUGUUUUCUUUUCUUUUCCUAUAAAAAAGAAUGUAAGGAACAACGUUAAUUUAGUAGUCAUAAGAGGAAAGAGGAGUUACGAAUAUGGGUUUUCGUUGCUCAUUUGAUCAUCUACUUUUUCUAAUCCACCAUCUCUACAUGCUACACUUGUGACAUUGAUUCCUUUGAUCCUAUAUAUUAUGAAUCAAGUUAUUUGUACAGAAAUAAUUUUACAUAUUUGUUGACAUAUGUUAAGGUAACAUGCAUUUUGGCCUUUGAUUUGAAUCUGUCAUCCUUUCUGUCGACUGGAAUGUACAAAUAGCAAGGUCCUAUGGUGUCGGCAGAGUUUAACGAACAGAUAGAUAUUCAGACAACGAGAUCUAAUCAAGUCAAAGUUCAAUCGGACAAUAUGGCUGCGGAUCAUUAUCUCCAAAGUGAUUUCAUUGAAGAUGAAGCUUCCUUGGAGAAGUGGAAAUCCUUAUCCUCGAGAGUUGACGAGUCUGAAGCAAAUCCAUCUGGUGGCUUUGAGUGUAACAUCUGCCUGGACGCCGUACAAGAUCCAGUAGUCACAAUCUGCGGGCACCUGUACUGUUGGUCCUGUAUUUACCGAUGGAUUAAUCGCCGCAACAAUGACUCCCCAGAAAACCCAGAUCAGCAGCAGCCACAAUGUCCUGUCUGCAAGUCUGAGUUGUCAGAGAAGACCUUAAUCCCACUCUAUGGACGUGGACGAACUACGAGCUCCUCGGCUUCAGAUUUAGGCAUUCUCGUACCACGAAGGCCUCCUAGUCCUCGAUGUGGGUUUAACAUGCUGAUACCAAAUAUAACCACGGGUAAUUCACUUCCAGCUCAACGUCGACAACAAAGUUAUGUCGAUCCCUCUCGACCGUUUCACCCUUCCUCACCCAUGAUUGGCAUUGGCAGGAUGACACCGACGGUUAUCGAUCCUGUGGUCGGUAUGUUCGGGGAAAUGGCUUACUCAAGGAUAUUUGGAAAUUGGGACACAACUCCGCAUACAUAUCCAAACUCUUAUCAUUUAGCUGGUAGUAGUAGUCCUAGAGUAAGAAGGCAUAUAUUGCGAACUGAUAAAUCACUCAGCAGAGUUUGCUUCUUCCUAUUUUGUUGUGUAAUGUUAUGUUUAGUCUUGUUUUGAACAAUUGUUUGUCUCCUGUUUUCUAAAUCCAUGUAAGUGUGAAGACUUCCCUGUACUAGUAUGAGACUACAAAUACAAAAAUCAAGUCGAUGUAAUAAAUGAUAAGAGAUUUUACAUAUUUUAAUCAA